CUUGAAGCUGGCCAGGUUCUCUUAUCAUGGGAAACAAGCCUGUGAAGCAAGAACAACGAGAAGAGAUUCUCUUGAAAAUUGUGCCACCAUUGGACCAAGCUUAUGUUCGAUGGCUUGCUCGAGAUAUUGAGAGAAUUCAUGGUUUUACUCCAAGAAAUCCUCGUGCAGUGAAACCCCCAGAUCAUUACAUCGAGUACAUGCGCUUGAAUGGUUGGUUGGAUGUAAAGUUGGAUGAUCCAGAUCUAGCCCAUUUGUUCAACUAA